UUUGCGACACGUGUCUUUCGCCUGUUGUGUUUAAAAGGGGGUCUAGCAGCACUUACCGGUAACUGCGGGUCGGAGUCCAUUUCUUCGGUCGCUAAACUUGGUCUUUGGAGGGCCAGUGCAGCGAUUGGCCAGCAGCCUUGUCGGACUUUAGCAUGGAAUUUUUCCUUAGAUCAUUAUGGCUUCUACUGGUGGUCCUAUGCUCAGAUGCACAGGACUUUUCUUCUCAAAGUGUUGGCAUCCAGGCAGAGUGUCUUGGAAAUGUGUUGCGGGUGACUGUGGGCAGGCGUUUCCUUUUGGACAAUCGUUUGGAAGUUGAUGCAAUGUAUGGUGGUGAGGCUGUACCCAUAACCAACAACUUGGCCUCCCAGUGUGGGUACAGCAUAAAGUCUGACCCCUGGGGGAAUGUUAGGCUCUUUGCUUCAGUUCAAAACUGCUUUACUGAAAGCCUGGAUGAUCACUUCAACAUUACAUUGCGGCUCAGACUAUCUGGUAGCGCAGAUUCUCAAGAGGCAGUACAUGUUGUUUCUAAAGUGUGCAGCUAUGCUCAGUGGGCCUUCCGUGAGAUUCUGUGUGACAGGAACUACAUGGAGGUCUCAGUCAGAAGGAGACCUCUUCACACACAUGGCCUGAAUGUUCCUGAGAAAGGCUACUUGACUAAAGAUGUCUCUGAGAAUGCUGUCUCUGAAUACAAGCUUUGGAAGGUUUUGUUCUACCUGCCUGGAGGACAAAAGAUGAUGAUGGUGAACGAAGUCCAGCAGCAGGGCUACGGCCUGGCUACAACACCAACACGCCUUGUGCUUCGAGGGGCUCACGAUGCAGCAGAAUCUUACAUGGAGGAUGUGGGUGGAGUGCCUAUGCGAGUGCUGAAAACAUCCAUAUUCUAUAAACAGAAGUGGAUGGUGACAGUGGUGGAUGCAGCUGUUGCAUGUCCUGCUGGUGGCCUCAGCUUUGCUGGCAACAUGAUCACAUGGACUUUACCACUGUUCAUCUUCCCACUUCUUUCUUUGGAUGAGUUUAAACUCUUGGAAAUUUAUAUGGGGAUUGAUGGUGAAAGACUUGAUCAAGCAGCUAUGGCAACCAGAGGAUAUACAUUGUCUAUUGUGGAAUCCUACAUUGUUGUUCAAAUUCCAAUUGGGGCAGUGGAUGGCUACUAUAAGAGUCACGCACCAGGUUUUGAAUACCAUAUUACCUUCAUGGUGGAACCUAUGCUUGAGCUGCUGUGGCAGGAAGAGGCCACGUAUGCCGAUACAAGAUACAAAGUCCUAUAUCCCAUCACUACUCCUCUCAUGUCCAGGCCACCUUAUGUGAUUGAUGACACAGUUCCUCAGGAGAAAGUAUUCAAAGUCAGGCUUGGAACAUUCUUGCCUGAUGUGGUGCUGGAGAACAUCACAUUUGGUUCCCAGCUGUUCUCUGUGGCAGAGGCCAAUUCCAGAGGCUUCAGUGUCCAGGAGCAUCAGUUUUCCAAUGGCAAUAAGACUUUCUCAGUGGAAGUACCAUUCUUGGACCAAGUUGUCUUGAAACAUGUAGCUGAUUCAGAUGUUACAGUAUACACACUGGCUGUAGUCUUUGGUUUCAUCAUCUUCCCAGAGCUUGUCCCAUUCUCUUACACUACUACACUGGAGGCUGUACUGCAGGACAUCGUUUUGCCCACUGCCACUGGUUCCUGUGAUCAGGAAAACUUCUACAUCAUGGUGAAAUUUGGAAACCAGGGCCAUAAUUUCAGGACAGUAGUGGGCAAGCGAGAAUUGACUCCAGCAACUGCCCAAGAAUAUGGAUACCAAGAGAAUGCGACCCAUUUCAGUAUUGCUGUGCCCUUCAGAUCUAUGGAUGUUGUUUAUGAGCUGAUUCAAGGUGCUUCUGUCAGAAGCAGACUGGAUUUGACUUUUGAGGAUCCUAUUAACAAAAUACAAUCUGACUUCUCUCUGGAAUGCAGCUUCCCCUUGCUGAUGGCAGAAUGUUUCCCCAAUGGCACAAUGACUGCAUUAGCAGUUAAGGUGGAAUCUGUACCAGAUCUGAAGCUCAAUCAACUGACACUGAGGGACCCUGACUGCAAACCUGCCUAUAGCAAUGAUUGUGUUGCAUACUUCUCCUUCAAUGUGAACACCUGUGGAACAACAAGAAAGUUUGUCAACAAUGUCAUGAUUUAUGAGAAUGAAGUUGCUAUACCCAGGAGUAAAACAAAAGGGAAAGAAACUGAUAUGGAGUCUGAAUACAGGCUCCAGGUUUCCUGUCACUAUGCACUCAGUGCAACACAGACACUGGCUUUCAACACCAGACGUCAGUUAAAUACACCGCUUGCAGCAGUUGGAACUGGGGAACUAAUGGUUAGAAUGAGGAUCUCUCAAGAUGCUGCUUACAACAUCUUCUACCAGGAUGCAGACUACCCACUUGUGAAGUACUUGAGAGAGCCUCUAUAUUUUGAAGUGCAGCUCAUGCAGUCUACUGACAGGCUAAUUGAGCUGUUCUUAGAAAACUGCUGGGCAACAUCAAGAAAGGACAUGGCCUCACUACCUAAAUGGGAUAUCAUUGUGGACAGCUGUGUGAACCAUCAAGAUGGCUAUGCUGCCAUCUUCCACCCAGUGUCAGCUGAUGCCCGGGUGCAGAUCCCCAGUCACUUCAAGCGGUUUGAGAUGAAAAUGUUCUCCUUCACUACAGAUGGAGUAGCAACACAGGACCAGAUUUUUGUCCAUUGUGAUGUUAUCCUGUGUGAUACGAGCAGCAUGUGGGAUAGUUUCUGCAAUAGACCUUGUAUGCGCAGUGAAGGCCAAAUGCUCGGAGCCAACACACUGAAAAGGGCACGAAGAAGUGCAGGCAACCAGCCACUCAAAGAGCAGGCAUCUUCUGGUCCCAUUGUCCUUGCUGAUAAAGCUUCAUCUGCUGCCAAAUGAACUUGGAAUUUGGUAUCUUCCAGAAUAAACUCUUA